AUGGAAUUAUUUAAUCCGAUCCAAGCAAAAACAGUGUUCGAUCCGGCAUGGCAAUUGAAGGAACAAUCGUGGUGGGUGUUCAAGUCGGACAUCCAAGAAAGAUUGGAGAUCAGAGUAGUAGCAUGCAAAAAGUUGUUGCAGCCAUUUCCAACACCAAUCUCAUGCGAAUUUGACCUCAAGCCUCAAUUGAUGGAGAGAAGGCUACUACAAGUUAACUUAAUCUCAACUCUAAUGAUGGGGAAUUCCAAUAUCACGAAGCCGAUUCAGAUGGUUCACCCCACAUUGGGAGUGCUUCAGCACUGUGAAAUCCACGCACUUGUGAAGGUAAGAUCUUCUUCUCUCAACUGGAUUCUAACUGCUGUGUAUGCUAGUCCGAGACAUAAGGAAAGGUGUAUGCUCUGGAAUAAUUUAACUACUGUUGCAAACACUUAUAACUUGCCUUGGAUUAUUGCUGGUGAUUUUAAUGAAAUGUUGUCUAAUGAUGACAAGCUAGGUGGUAGGCCAAUUAACCUGUACAGAGCUAAUAUCUUCAAAGAAUGUCUUGAUGCUUGCAACAUGGCCAACCUCGAUUUCCAAGGGCCUAGGUACACAUGGACAAACAAACAUGAUUUAUGCUCUCUCAUUCAAGAAAGACUUGACAGAUUCUUUGCUAAUCCGAAUUGGUGUGUCCUCUACCCCGAAGCCCAAGUUACUCAUAUUCCAAGGUGCUCAUUAGACCAUUGUCCUGUAUUGAUGGAGCUUGAGCCUCAACCCAGUAUCAGACUCAAUAGGCCUUUCAUUCAUAGUUUUUGGCUCUUAGAUAACUCAUUCCCUAAAAUUGUUCAAAAUGCCUGGUCCACCGAAUCUGGUCUGUACGGUUAUAUUGCAAAAUUCAAAAGGGAUGCCUCAGAGUGGAACUGGGUCCACUUUGGGAACAUUUUUGCAAAAAAGAAAAGAAUUUUGGCUCGACUUGGUGGGAUUCAACUAUCUAUGGGGGAUAGGAACACUUCUUUCUACCAUGUUUCUACGCUCAUUAGAAGGAAGCAUAAUAAGAUUCUCAAUCUAAAAGAUUCUCAGGGUGAACGGAUUAAUGACCUGACUGCAGUUAUGGAGCAUGUUCAAAAUAGCUUCUCUAAGCUCUUCUCAACUGAACUCCUGUCCUCACCUCUCUCUUCUCCCUCUAUUGAUGAGGAAAUUAAAAAUGCUUUGUGGUCUCUAAAGGCUUUCAAAUCCCCUAGGCUUGAUGGGUUGCAUGCAGGAUUUUUUCAACGAUUCUGGUUGGUUGUUGGCAGAUCAAUGUCAGAAGAGAUUAAGAAAAUUAUUAGUGAUAGAAAGAUUCCUUCAGAAUUGAAUCAAACACAUAUUGCUCUCAUUCCCAAAAUUAAGGAUCCGGAAUCCAUUGGGAAUUUCAUACCUAUUAGUCUCUGUAAUUCUGUCUACAAGAUAAUAACUAAAAUUAUUGUAGCCAAAAUUAGACCGCUCCUUGAAAAGCUCAUCUCGCCAUAUCAAGCAGCCUUUGUUCCGAGUCGAAAAGGUGUGGAUAAUGUCAUUAUUGUGCAGGAGCUAAUUCAUACUAUCAGCAAGAAAAAAAGUAAUGUGGGAUACAUGGUUAUUAAGAUCGACCUAGAAAAAGCAUACGAUAAAUUGGAGUGGUCCUUCAUCAAGGAAGUGCUUGUUGCAGCCAAUUUCCUGCCUAACCUUAUCCAGCUCAUAAUGAGUUGUGUUUCUACAGUCUCUACCUCCAUACUCUUUAAUGGGGGUGUGCUUAAUCCUUUUCUCCCAUCUGGGGGUAUUCGGCAAGGGGAUCCCCUUUCUCCCUGA